AUGGAACAUUUCAAUUACAGCCAGAUUCAAGUAACAGAAUUUAUCAUUAUUGGGUUUUCUUCAUUGAGGGAAUAUACUGUUCUGCUUUUUAUAAUGUUCCUUGUUGUGUACCUAGUAACACUUAUAGGAAACAGUGUUAUAUUUCUGACUAUUAAAACUGAUUAUCAGCUGAACACACCAAUGUAUUACUUUGUCAGUAAUUUAUCAGUCAUUGAUAUAUCAUAUACCUCUAUUACUAUGCCUAAGAUGUUAGCAGAUUUUAUGGUGGAAAAUAAAACAAUUCCAUUUGCAGUAUGCAUCAUACAAAUGUACUUGUUUCUUUCUCUAGGAGCUACUGAGUGUUUUCUCCUUAGUGUCAUGGCUUUUGAUCGUUAUGCAGCAAUAUGCAAUCCAUUACACUAUACAACGGUCAUGACUAAGACAAAAUGUAUACUUUUAGCUGCAGGUGCAUGGCUUUGUGGAUUUUUAGCUCCACUUCCAUCAACGAUUCUACUUUUGAAGUUACCUUUGUGUGGAAUCAAAAUUCAACACUGCUUUUGUGAUCACCCACCCAUAUUGCAGCUGGCCUGCACUGAUAUUUCUUUUAAUGUUGCUGUGGGCUCUUCUAUGUCAGCAAUUGUUAUAGUACUGAAUUGUUUUCUAGUUGGCUUGUCUUAUGUUAAAAUUAUCACAGCAAUAUUCAAAAUUAAUACCGGAAAAAGAAGAAAGGCAUUUUCUACAUGUAGUUCCCACCUUAUUGUAGUAGCUUUGUAUUUUGGAUCUAUUACAUUCAUGUAUAUUAGACCAAAGGUUAGUUAUUCCUUUGAAACGGAUACUUUAGUUGCUGUAUUGUAUUCUGUCUUAACUCCAAUGCUUAAUCCCAUUAUCUACAGUUUAAGGAAUAAAGAAAUCAUUGUGUCACUGCAAAAAAAUUUGCAGCAUAUGCUGUUACAAACAAAGAGUUAA